GCGUCGAGCGUGGACGUUGGUGAAAAAGUUUACUUCCACAGACGGACAAAGCUGGGCUUCUACUGUAACGUGACGCGAGCAGCUGGCAUCUUUGCGCGCUUUCGGGCUGUUUCCUGCGUGUUAUUUUCGCACCUUCAUUAUCUGCGGGAACAGUCGCGGCUUGAGGGAGCCGAUGAGAAAGACUUGACCAGUGUGACUUGGACGGGUCUGCUGAUAGCGCAGUUAAGGAAACAAAGAAGAAGAGUUGCCUCCAUCAGAAUAAAAGUAAACCUGGGACGUCCUCAAACUGGCUGCUGCGCUUUAGAUUGGCUGGUGCAACGGUACAGUCCUGCUCAUUUGAAGAUGAUGCGAUCGCUGUUCCUGUGUAUGCUGCUGCUGCGAGCUGUGGUCUCUGAAGAGGGAGAAGGCUCGGGCUGUGAUGGUAGAAUCGAUGACGAUGAAGAUGCAGAAUGUGUAACUAAAAGUGUUCAAUCCAAGAAUCAUCAGGAUUCAUUAUUUGUAGAUAAAGCUAAAGGCGAAGAUGAGAGAGAGGAGAAUUAUACCAUGAUUAUCAUAAUUGUGGCUGCAGUCGUGAUGGUUCUGUCAGUGGCUGCUGUAGUCAUUAUACUGUUGGUGAGGCGUCACAUGCAGAGUCGCCAGCCGGGGGUGUACACUGUGCCAACAGAGCAGGACCAGAAAGUGGCCGUCUAAGUCCUGGAGCCGUGGCAGUUGUGUAGCACACAGGCGAGAGAGGAGCAGUACGCUGGGCUUUGUCUGCUCCACUCUUGGUCUCAGGGCAAUUAACUGUCUUUACGCAAAAGCCUGCAUCCAACCGCUCAGUUCACACGGCCUCCUAUCUGAACCUAUUCAUUAUACUUUGUUGUUUUAACUGUUGUGUACUUGCAGUACAGGUUUGUUCUCCACACACACGGUUUACCCUGGGACUCUUGGAACACAUUCAACGUUUCUAAUUAAGUUCUAUUUGAGGAAUAUCCAAAUCAAAGCCAGCGCAUACGACUUAAAGCUUCUUUUGUUAAAAUGGCUAAUUUAGCACAGCCAUGGCUCCUCCCUUUUUAUACCCCAAACCCAGAAAUUAUACCCAGUGCCUUUGCAGUGAAACUGUAUUUGCCUUUGAUUUACUGCCUGUGGAACAGACUUGUCAGUGUGAAAUGGUGAUUGAGUGAGACAAAACCUGCUAAUCCCCACUAAGACAUCCCAGUGCUGUCUUCAUCCUCCCGUUCACUUGUCUGACAUAUUCUGUUUUUGGGCCCGUUAGGAGUGACAGGAGUGCAAUAGAAAGGUAAAAACCUGUCGCCUGCUUCUUAACCUCAGUUAAAGUGCAACAAGUGGAAAUAGCCAGUGUUAACACCUUCCUCGGAGAAGGCAAAUUAAUCUAACGCCAUCAAUGAUGAUGUUUUCCCGCCCCCUUCUCCCCUUGAAGGGCUUUCAGCUCAGUUCCAUUCUCUGUAAAUAGGUCUGUGAGUUGUGUAUAGAUGUAGACAAAUGCCUCAAACACUGGCAUAGAGAAGCUUGGUAGGAGGGGAAAAUCUCACGAAGCAAAUCAAGGACUGGGGCUGAUUGGGAAAAUACAAACAAUGCCUUUGUUUCACUCACACUGAGCAUGAUGGCUUCUCUAGUUUCAUUUAAAUGGAAAUCAAUCAAAGCCCUAUGAAGGAAAGCUUUUUGUUGAAAAACCCAGAGCACUGCUCAAAUGAUUUGCUUCACUGUUUUCAGAAAAAGGGGUCUUCCUCUGUUUAAAGGGAACGAGACACACAACGUGUGUUGUCAUUUUUGGCAUCACGUACAGAAUCAGCAUAAAUAUAGAACGCGUAGCACUGGAUCUUCCCGUAUGUUGCAGCCGCUGUUCCCAGCAGGGGCCGGUCUUGGAUUAAAUCCAGUCAAUUUAGAGGAAAACCAGCAGUCGCACGUCUUGUCUGUGUGUGAAGUGACCGUUGGUUCACGGCAGGCGUUCCAGCUGAUGAGCAGAAUGACAGGCGUGAGGACUGUUUGUACUGUUUGUACUGUUCCCUCUCGCUCACUUUGUGAUUGCUCAAAGGCGAACAGUAGCAUUGCCCAAUCAGUUCCUACAUGUUUGUCAAUAUUUCAAAUGUACGCAUAUUGUAGUAACACAUUUCAAAACGUUUUUUGUAUCUUUGCUUUCCUUUCUAUUCCUAUUUACUAUUUCAAACAAUUUACAAUGCAACACCAUCUGAAUGUAGCAGUCUUCACAACGCUAUCACCAAAUAUAUAAAGGAAGCUGACUUAGUCUAUAUUAAAAUAAAGAAAGGUGGUUUAUAGUCAAGCCAGUGCUAUGCAUGUAAUACAGAUAUCCUGUUACUUCUUCAUGUAAAUCUAAUGUAACAUAUGUUAUAGCAGUGUGACCUACACCCUAUGUUCAUGUCUUAUGCAAUUAUUCAGGCUUAUAAUAUAAUAUAUACUAAUAUAAUGUGUACUUUGACAAAUUUAUUGUGCCAUGCAUUGUGCCUUUUGUUAGUAUGCUCAUUCACUUUAUUAAGACGUGUCUUCUGACCACUGUUCACUUUUAUGUGGAAGGGUGUGGGGGGGGGUGAAAGUCGGUUAUUUUCCAAAGGUUUUGUGUAAAAUACUUGUAUUUUAAUAUCACUGCAGCAGAACCAGUUUAACUGUGGCCCUAAUCAUCCUUUUGUAAAUUGCAUACAGAUUAAAUGAUGAAAUAUUUGUGUCUAUACACUGUAUAGAUAUAAGUCGAAGUAGGCGACUGUGUAUUGUAGAUCAGUUGUGUUCGCAUGUCUGCAGUCUUUGCUUUUGUUCUGAUAGCAAUCAGAGCAGUAAAUGGGAUGUAUCGCUCCUGAGCUCUGUUUAUGCUGACAUUAAAUCUGUUAUAAAAUGUA